ACUGGACCCUCAUUGGCCCGCGCGCUUCUCACUGUCUGGACUUCACUUCUGGUUGCACGGUGGUCGUCCAGUCUGGGGUGAAUUCAAGACAGCUAGGGCCCCUCUCUCGCCAACAUAGCAUACAUCGAAUUGCGGCGAGGAGGGGAAGGCAGGGGAAAGCAAGACAGAAAACACGGUCACGUGUAGGGAUCGCGUCGCGGGUGGCAAACAGGAACAAACAGAGGUUGAAUAUGACCGCAUAGCCUUGGGUCGGAUGCGAAGAGCACCGAUAGCUGCUCUCAUUGCCUGUCUCUCUUCCUGACUCCCUUUAUCUUUUGCUUUUCCCUUUGAUUUGUGUUCUCUUUCUCUCUUGCGGGCUAGCGAUAACUGUCAGCUUUCAUGGCACUGAGCCACUCACCACGCAAACAAGUCCCUCUAGCCACCGGCGACGAAGACAGACCCACUUUAAAGUCCAGAUCAAUACCCAAUCUCACAAAGCGUGUAUUCUUCUGCGGCGUUGUUGUGGAAAACCCCGGACAUGGCAGACAACUCCCACAAGACAUCAUUGCACAGACGUACAAGAUCUUGUUGCUUCCUUAGGAGAGCCUAUAGAGCUCGAUCAAGAUGACUCCGAAAGUGCAAGCUCAUUAGAAGCAAGCACGGACCCAUCCAAAGCGGAUGCUCCACAUACUCGACGGCGAGCUUUGACGAAUACGUCUGCACUCGCGGACGUUACCAAUGAAUUUGUAUCAACGGAACGGUCCUACGUCAAGCGACUAUAUUCGCUCAAGCACGACUAUGCCGACCCGUUACGGACGUUCUCUCGCAGCAAAGAUACCGCAAUCAUCCCACCCUACGAAGCGAAGACGUUGUUUGGCAAUAUUGACCAAUUAUUACCCGUUAACCAAGCCUUCCUUGAAGACCUCGAACGCAUGAUGGCACCGGACGGGGCAGAUACGGUAGGAGGCAUAGGCGAUGUUGCGUUGAAGCAUUUCAAACAGCUACGCGGAUUCGAGAACUACAAGCAGUAUUACUCGAAGCGGGAAGAGGCACAAGCGAUAUUCGAAAAGGAGAUGCGCAAAGCGGGUGGCUUUGCCGCGUUCAUCGAUCGAAUAAAGUACUCCUCUACAGAUGUCAAGAAUCGCGUCGGGCUGCGGGAAUUACUCAUGGACCCAGUACAGCGUAUCCCCCGAUACACGCUCAUGUUCCGACAAAUGAUCAAACAUAUGGCACCCUCUGACCCACAACGCGCCAAACUAACAGAAGCGAACGAGAUUGCGAGCAAGAUCGCGUUAGCGGAGACGGAUGAGCAGACGAAACAGGCGACGAUCAUGUAUUGUCUAAGUGCCACGAUUGACGAGUUCCCAGCAUGGCUGAUGAGCCAUUCAAGGAAGUUUGUGGAUUGUAUAGAUGUGGAGGAUCUCGUCGACUCUCCUUAUUCAUCUUCGUAUUCACAUUCGAGACAUGGUAGUGCGAGUAGUGGGGGACCUGGUGGUGGGUCUGCGGGAACGGGGAAUUUACAUUGCAGUUUGUUUCUUUUUGACGACAAACUGAUGAUUGUAAAGAGACCGGCGGAGAAGGGUGCACGGACGUUGAGUGGGUUGAACGAUUUGGAUAAGUUCACCAAGUCUGGGUUACCUAGUGGGUUGAAGAAGAAUGGGAUGGCAUGUAAAGGCCUUGUCGACGUGACAGACCUCGUCGCGACUGAUGUCGGUGGCGCAGAUAUGCACAUUUACCUCGAAAGUCCACCCCAAGACCAAACAGACCGCUGGUCAGGCCGUCCCUUCCGCGCGCUCUCAGUCGUCCACCCACCUUCCCCCAUCAAUCUUGAGCCUACACGUACCGAAUCCUCCAAACAACGAUUUUUGGAAAACUUGUGGGCUGUUCAGGCGAGGUACAGGACACGAUUAGGUCAGAGUGUGACAUUGUGUGCGGAGGAGAGGGAGGUGGAGAACCGAGGAGGGAAGAUUACGAGGGCAAGAACGUACUUUAAUGUAUAUCAAAGGACAGCGUUCUUGAAAGAAGCUAAGAAGACCAAGAUCGUACUUCAUAUAGACCCGACAGGUGCGGCCGAUCCUGUACCAUUUGGCAUGCGAGCCCCACCGUUUGUGGUCGUACGCGUGCAACCUAUGGCUGGUGAAUUGUCGCGGUAUACUGUAUGUUCGAAUGACCCAAACGAUGAGGACGAGGAGGAUAUUAUUCAAACUGCUCGCGUCCCCGACCGAAUCGUUCAAACUAUACACCAGUUUGGGCUUUUCAAGUUCAGAACAGGCAAUAUCUCCAUGCCUGCCACACCUACCGCAUCUACACGUUCUCGUGCUGCCAUCUUCAGCUUAGACACGAUCUCCCGAAACCUUUUCAAUGCCCUUCCGGGUUCCUCUAAAGGCGAUAUCUUCGGUGGUUCCAUCAACAACCACAGGCGUACCAAGACUAUGGCUUCUCGUUCCUCUGCUUUGACUACCAAUUCUAGUAGUUCAGGUGAUAGUGGAAGCCUAAGUCGGUUUUCGAGGACAAGGAGUAACUCGACUGCUACGAGUGUGUCUAUGGGAGAUGACGAUGAUAGGAGUCUUGGCACUGGGAGUACGAACGGGAAGGGUAGACCUAGGAGUAUGUCCCGUGCGAAAAAACUCAUUAAACGACCCAAAUCUCCUGGGGCGCUCAGCGAACCAGAAGUACCCUCACCUGGUCGGUCCAGUUCUUCGCGAAUAUCUAGGACGCAAUCGGAAUCUGGACAUGGUAUGCCCAACGGUGAUAACUAUAGGCGAAGUGGUUCUGUUUCGACUGAAGGUGAAAGCGAGGAAGAGGAUGAUGGCGAUGAUGAUGGGGAGAGGUAUAUGGGGAGAUUUGGUGAUCAUAGCGGAGCGUUGGAUGAGAGUGAGAGGGAUUUGGCUGCUAGGUUGGAGCUUGCACGGAGGAAUUCUAGGAAUCAGCAUGAGACGACGGCUGGGACGUUGCAGUUGGAGGGUUCGGUGGAGGGGACGAUAUAUGAAGAUGACCUGCUACGAUCACCCUCCCGCCAAUUGCGAGACCUUCCAGACUUACCCAACGACGCCGAAAGUCAACAUUCUACCAUUCGCCCAGACCGCCCUCCAAGCCGAGGCUCGCACAACUCCCAUACCGAAUCCGUAGAUACCGCAUCUACUUACCGUCCCAGUUCCCGACCAAUGAUGCGUCAAUCACUUGACGAUCGUCGUCCCCAUGGUCCCCGCAGUCCCUCUCCUCUUCCUCCCACAAGUCCACGGCUAUCAUCUUCAACUAACUUACCACCUCUGGAUACCGACUUUACACACGGUGAAGAUACGUUGGUAAACGUGCAAGAUACACCGAACACUCCUGUGACACCGAGACGGAAUCGAGCUAUGAGUCUGGAUGACCACCUUUCCAUACCUAGAACUCGACGAUCCUUCGCACCUAUGUCAAUGAGCAAUACUACGGACGCGACACCGAGGCCAUUCAAAGCAGCUGUGGACGAUAUAUCCAAGGGCGGACAGGAUUCCGUUGAGCCUUUGAGCAUUAAGAAGAAACCGUUCUCGGGAUUAUCGAGUACCAGAUGGGAAGGAUCGCCUGCCGGAAAGCCUAACAAUGCGAUACCGAGGACUCAGCCGCUACAUAAGAUGUUGCCUUCGACAAAGACGAAUGGCAUGAGGGAAGGUACUGUGUCGCCCACGAAGGGUUUCAGGAUACCCAUGUCGUCGAACCAUGCUGCGAGGCUACAAGAUGCCGAGCAGCUUAUCGAGAUUGCAUUUUCAACCAAGGAAGAUAUUGAGUCUGCUCGUCGUGCUCUUAAGCGCAUCAAACUUGAAGCAGACAACUUAAACGGAUCAGCCCCAGGUUCGCCCCCCUCUGACAUUGAACGAGGCUCGUCGCCUACAAAAGGCAUCCGAACACCUCCCCAACGCCCCGCUCCACCAUUAACGAGGGAAGCCCAGGCACGUAUGGAGGAGAUGCGGCAGCUAAUUAGCAAACGAAAUGGCGAGACUACACCCCGUAGUAGGCCAUUUAGUAUGAUAUCGGAAGGCUCGUUACCGAAGCUCUCUGAAGCAACACGCUCAGAUGAUAUUGGUCGGAAUAUUGAGGAGCUGGCUUCUCAUGCAGAUCAAGAACUGUCCAGGGCGGUUAAAGACCAGGAGCACGUACAUACUGAACUGCGACAGCUCACCGACCAUCUCAAGGAGACUUCAGCUGAUCUUGAGCGAACAAGACUGGAGUUGGAAGGUGCCAAACGACAAUGUGAAGUCGUGAAGAGUCUUUUGGCUGAUGCCACGGAUGAGAAGGAGAUUCUAUAUACCGCCUUCAACGAAGAGCUGGACGGGAUGUACGAGACGGCCAAUAAUCUGCCCCCAGAUGAUGCCUGGGUAGUCAUGACAAAAGACCUUCGCGAGACGAAGGAAGCUCGGAAUACGUUAGCAAAGGAGAACUCACAACUGAAACGGAGACUGGCGGAGCUGGAGUUGCAGAAUGAGGAAUGGGGUGCUAUGCUCCGGGCGUACGGACUGAUAUCAUAAUUUCUUUCUUGGAUCUAUGUUUUCUCUUUGCAUUUGCUUGCUUGAUCUCUUUGUCAUGCUAUGUCGUGGUUUCUGUAUUAUACCAUCUGUACCGAUAUCCUACAUGAUACACGCAUUACGAUCUCGAAAUUAUAUAGGACUUGCUGACUGGUAAAUGCAAUC